CUAACCCCCGCGCUCGAUCGAGCUCUGCUCGUUCAGAACCGUAGCAUCAACGCAUUUAAACCCUAACUGAACUCAACGCUCCUUGUUUAUUUUUCUCAGCCAUGGUCGCCUCUAUCACUUCACUCUCCAAACCCAGUAUUUUCUUCUGCAAUGACUCCUUUCCCUAUCGUGCCUCAACUCUUCGAAGCCAAUUCAGCAGUAAGCCAGCAGAAAUAUUGAUGGGAUACCUCAAACUCCCUUGUUGGGGCUCUUUUGCGGCUCGAAGAAGGGCGAAUCUGCCUGUCUAUUCUCAGUUUCGUAGACCGCCUCGGCGCCGGAACUCACUGAGGAAGAAACUCAUCACCAGGCAAGAACAGGUUCGUCUCUUACCUGAAAUUUCAAACCCAAAAUCUAAUUUUGAAGAUUUGGGCGUAAGAGAUUGUGAAAGUGAUGCGCUUAGAUUAGGUAUCGAUUUUGACAGUGAAAAGGAAUCUGAAGGUGCCAAGGAUUCUAAAAAGUUUGACUUUUCAGGAAAUUCUGCUUUGUGGGAUAAGUUAGAUAAUUGGGUGGGUCGAUAUAAAGAAGAUUCAGAGUUCUGGGGGAUCGGGCCUGGCCCUAUUUUCACCAUCAUACACAAUUCUGAUGGUAACGUCAUCCGUGCUUCUGUCAAUGAGGAGGAAAUUUUGAAAAGGAACAGAAUCCGAGCAUGGAACUUGGAAGGGAGUGGAGAAGGUGAAGAACUUAAGGAUUUGAAUUCUAAGAUAUCCAUAGCAAGGCUUAUUGCUAAAGAGAUAGAAGUUGGUGCGUACCAAAUGCCUCGAGAUAGUUCAAUUGCUAGGUUUGUAGUGGAAGGAAAGCCUUCUUCUUUGGUUGGUCUAUUCCAUGCCUUCUCUUCUCACCGGCAAUCUCUAGUAAGAAUCUUCCCCCGCAUUUGUUUCAUGGUUUUGUGCUGUUUCUGUGUUUUGGGGGCCGUGAGGAAGUUGUUUGUAGGAUAUGGCGAUGUAGAACUAACAAGGGAAGAGGCAGAAAUGCUCAGGCGAAAGAAGAAAUCAAGGAUGGAGAGUGAGAAGUUGCAGAGGGGAAGCGUUGAAGUUCUUCAGAAUGGUGAUGAGCUGCCGGUCAUAUAUGGUACUACGCCACAGUUGGACAGGAAUGAACUAAUGAAGAGCAUAACGCAGGCCAAGCAGCCUAGAGAUCCAUUGGUUUUAUCAGGUCCUUCAGCUCACUUGACUGCAGAAAAACAUGAUUUUGAUGAGAAGGUGAGGGAAAUUAGAGCUAUGGUGAAGAAUGUUCAUGAAGCGGAAUAUAAAAAUCGGUCUUUGAGCAAUCAUACAGCUGAGCAGGAUGAAUUAUCUUCAAUUAUAGUUGAUGCUGAAUUUCAAAAGGGAGGUAACAAUGCUGUUGAUGUCAAAGAUGAGGAAACGAUCUUUUUGAAAAGGUCUCAGAAGCAGCCUGUUGUUACUCAUUUGACUGAUCUUGAAGCUCCUGAUACAGGUUUUUUUAGUGGCAAACAGGAAGUUGAAAAGAGUAAGGCAGAUAGUAACAGUGUGAGAGGGGAACAAACCAUUAAAAGGAAAUCUACUAAUUUCACUAAGAAAAAAGGCAAAGCAAAAAUCAUAACAUCACUAACGGAAGCUAAAGAAUACCUUAGUACUAAACACAGUAUUCAUAAAGGCUCAGAACAACCUGAGCAGCCAAUUCAUCAUAAAGGUUUAGCACUACCAAAGCAGUCAAAUAAUUCGAAAGGGAUAUCAGAAGUUAUCGGCCGUUGUGCUGAGAGAUCUGAUGGUAAUUUUAAAAGAAUCAGGGAGACUAAUGGGACUGAAAGUAAUAUAAAAAAGAAUGCUGGAUUUCAAAAUGGAUGGUCAAAUGGAAGCACCCAAAAAGAUUUGACUUUUGAUGGCGCUGCUGAUUUGAACGGCUCUCUUCUGAUGGGACACAAUGCAGGUAUUAUUGGCCCGUCAAAUGAUUUCAUCGCUUCAAAGAAUCAAAAUACGACUUUUGAGCACAUUCAAAAUAAGAAUUUGGAGUCGAGUUUGGAGAAAGCUAGAGGUAAUAAUGAUGUUUCUCACUCUGAAUAUUCUGUCAGAACUUGUGUCUCAGAACAUGUUGAUCCAGUUAUAGUUAAUGUCCCAUUUGAUGCCUUGAAGGAUGAAGAAGCCUUAAAUGAUAUUUCUUCUGAAAUAAUUAUUCCUGCAAGUUCUGCUAAUUCUGACUGCCAGAAUGAAAAUUUAGCUAAAACUUCUGGAAAGAGCUGGACAGAGGAAAACUUUCAGCAGUUUGAUUCUGUUAUUAAGAAGAUUGGGCAUGGCUUCAAAGAUAACUACUUGUUGGCAAAGGUGAAGGAACAAGAGAACUCAUUUUCAAGUGUUGAUAUUAGUAAACUCAGUUUGUGGAAUCAAGAUGAAGAACUUGAAUGGAUGAAAGAUGAGAAUCUUCGCGAAAUUGUUUUCCAAGUGCAGGAAAAUGAAUUGGCAGGACGGGAUCCAUUUCACUUGAUGGAUGCAGAUGAUCAAAAAGCUUUUUUUCGGGGACUAGAACUUAAAGCUGAGAGGGCCAAUGAAAAAUUGGCGGGGGUGCAUGAGUGGAUACACUCAAGGAUUGAGAAUCUCGACUAUGGUGCAGAUGGCAUCAGCUUAGACGAUCCAGUGGAAAAAAUUAUCCCUCGUUGGAAAGGCCCACCUAUUGAUCAAGAUCCUGAAUUUCUUAAGAAAUUUGCCAAUAUAGGAAAUUUGAAUGAUAUUCUUAUGAAAAAGCAAGAGAACCUUCAGAAAUCACAAAACUCAGUGAAUUCAGUUGGUGUUUCUCCUCACUCUCCAGUAAAUGAUAGAGUAAUUUUGUCUCAGAAUGGAGCAUCAACUGCACCAAAAACUCUUAUAGAAUGCAGUGAUAGCUCUAACAGGCCCGGGAAGAAGACGGGAAAGGAGCAAUGGCAACAUACAAAGAAAUGGUCCCAAGGUUUCUUAGAAGUUUAUAAUUCAGAGACAGAUCCAGAGGUGAAAUCUAUCCUCAAGGAUAUGGGAAAGGAUUUGGAUAGAUGGAUUACAGAAAAAGAAGCAAAAGAUGCGGCGGAUCUAUUUACCAAAAUACCUAAGAAAAAGAAGAGAUUUAUAGAAAAGAAGAUGAACAAAAUUAAAAGAGAGGUGGAGAAGUAUGGAGCACAAGCAGUGGUUAGCAAAUAUAAAGAAUAUGCAGAUGAGAAUGUGGAAGAUUACCUAUGGUGGUUAGAUCUUCAGUUCGUUCUGUGCAUCGAGCUAUACUCUGUGGAAGAUGAUGUUUCGAGAGUUGGAUUUUAUUCAUUAGAAAUGGCUGAAGAUCUUGAGCUUAAUCCGAAGCAAUUUCAUGUGAUUGCUUUUGAGGAUCCAGGUGAUUCUAAGAACUUCUGCCAUAUUGUGCAAGCUCAGAUGGAUUUGCUGGGAAAUGGUAAAGCUUUUGUUGUUGCUCGCCCUCCAAAGGACGCUUUUAGGGAAGCUAAAGCCAAUGGAUUUAGCGUUACCUUGAUUAAGAAAGGGGAAGUAAAAUUAAAUGUGGAUCAAACUUUGGAGGAAGUGGAGGAAGAACUAAAGGAGGUUGGAAGCAAAAUUUACCAUGAUAAGAUCAUGAAUGAACGGGGAGUUGAUAUUCGCUCACUUGUGAAGGGUGUGAUUGCUGCUGAUAAGUCCAGAAAGAGGUCAUAAUGGACUCACAGGAUGUUAAAUCCUCAUAGUUUUGGCAACUAUAGUUCUGCACCUGUUACUUCAGAGGCAUUCAAUUAUACCUAAAUGUAAGGGUUGUAUAUACUUUCUGAGUUAGAUAGAUUUUGCCUUCCGAUAAUUUAAUUUACUCUGUUUAUAACUAGACUUUGUUGGAGGCAUGCCAUCUUGACCAAAAAUCAUUUAUAUAUGAUGACCUUUAUAGGUUAUUUGGAUAUGCCCUCCUGAAUUCAGGA